UUUAGAUGUGUGCUUCGUGUGGCCGGCUCGGAUUUACUCUGAAAAGUCAGACCGGAAGUGGGGCUGUUUGUGCCGCAUGCGGUUUUAACGCUAGCGGCGAGUCGCUGGCUUAGUGUCUGCCGUGAAAUCUGUCGUAUGCCCUGAAACCUCUCGCUCUCUCUCCCGGCGGGGGGGAGUACUAUGCGUAGCGGCAGAGACCUGGAUAAGCCCGGAUUUGCGUCCUCAUCCCGGAUAGCGGAAACAGCCCGGCUCGGCUCGGCCCAGCUCGCGUACGACAUGACGGCAGCGGAGCGGCCGACGGAGGACAGCGCGAUUCGCGGUUGAUCCCUCCCGACCCGCGCAGAGUCCGCGGCCGCAGCCCCUCGGGGGGCUAACCGCCGGUUGAAGGGGGGGCGCCAUGUCCGCGGACGGGAACGGAACCAUCCGCAGCCGCAUCAAGAACCUGCUCCGGUCCCCGUCCAUCAAGCUCCGGCGGAGCAGCGCCGCGAGGCACCGGCAAGACAUCGGCGACAAGGUGACGUUGGAGAAGGUUCUGGGAAUCACAGCCCCGGGGAACCGAGCAUUGGCCUGCGACCCCCGAACCGGACUGCUGGCCUAUCCCGCAGGGUGUGUUGUCGUCCUGCUGAAUCCUCGUAAGAACAAACAGCUGCACAUCUUGAACAGAUCGAGGAAGGCAAUCACUACGUUGGCGUUUUCUCCUGAUGGGAAAUAUGUUGUCACCGGGGAGAGCGGUCACAUGCCAGCAGUCCGGGUCUGGGAGGUGUCGGAGCGCCUUCAGGUCUGUGAGUUGCAGGAGCACAAGUACGGAAUUGCCUGCGUGGCCUUUUCUCCCAAUGGAAAAUACAUCGUCAGCGUGGGCUACCAGCACGACAUGAUGGUCAACGUGUGGAACUGGAAGAAAAACGUCGUCGUGGCAGCCAACAAGGUGUCCAGCAAAGUGACUGCCGUCUCCUUCUCAGACAACAGCUCGUACUUCGUCACGGCCGGUAACCGACACGUGAAGUUCUGGUACCUCGACCACACCAAGACCUCUAAGGUCAACGCCACGGUCCCCCUGCUGGGGCGCUCGGGGCUCCUCGGCGAACUCAGGAAUAACUUCUUCAGCGAUGUGGCGUGCGGGCGUGGCCGUCACUCCGCCUCCACUUUCUGCAUCACCUCCUCAGGUCUGCUGUGCGAGUUCAACGAUCGGAGACUCCUGGACAAGUGGGUGGAGCUGCGGAGAGUGGACUCUGCUUGUGCGUCCCAGGCCACGUGUCUGUCCGUCACGGAUGAGUUCAUCUUCUGCGGCUGCUCGGACGGCACCGUUCGAGCCUUCAGCCCCGUCAACCUGCACUUCCUCUGCACCCUGCCCCGCCCCCACUGUCUAGGGGCUGACAUUGCCAGUAUGGUGGACGCCAGUCAGCUGUUCUCCUGCAAAGCAGAAAGCCCUUACCCGGAUAGCGUGGCCGUCACAUACGACCCCACCAAUCACUGGCUGUCCUGCGUCUACAACGACCACAGCGUUUAUGUUUGGGACGUCCGAGACCUUCAGGAUCUGCGCAGGGCGGGAAAACUCUACUCUGCCCUCUACCACUCCUCCUGCGUAUGGAGCCUCGAGGUGUACACUGAGGGGACGGGGAAGGGAGAGGUGCAAAUCCCCCCCGGAUCCUUCCUGUCCUGCUCCUCGGACAACACCAUCCGACUGUGGAACAUCGACGGGAACAAUGUCCUGCAGAGGAACAUCUUGAGCCACGACUUGCAGAAGAUUGUUUACGUGGACAGCAAUGUCACCAGCCUCCUGGACACGGAGAGCCUCACUUCUUCCAGUGGAAACACAGAGAAGAUAAGCUCGUAUGGGUCAGAGGGGCAGCAGGUGGACCAGACCAGGGUGGGCAUCAGGACCCUCAAAGUCAGUCCAGAUGCACAGCACUUGGCCUCUGGGGACCGCAUGGGAGUCCUGAGGAUUCAUGAUCUGGACACCAUGGAAGAGAUCUUGAAUGUCCAAGCUCAUGACUCAGAGAUCCUUUGCCUCGAGUUCUCCAAACCAGACACUGGACUCCAGCUGUUAGCCACGGCCAGCCGGGACCGUCUGAUCCACAUCCUGGACGCGGGCAAAGACUACAGCCUGGUCCAGACGCUGGACGAGCACUCGUCCUCCAUCACGGCCGUCAGAUUUGCCGCCACCGAGGGGAAGGUGCGCAUGAUCAGCUGCGGAGCCGACAAAAGCAUCUAUUUCCGGACAGCUCAGCAGAUAGGGGAAGGUUUGGAGUUCACGCGGACGCAUCACGUCGUCCGGAAGACAACUCUGUACGACAUGGACGUGGAACCCACCAGGAAGUACGCCGCCGUGGGCUGCCAGGACCGCAACAUCAGGAUCUUUAACACCAGCAAUGGAAAACAGAAGAAGUUGUAUAAAGGUUCCCAGGGAGAAGACGGGACGGUCAUUAAGGUGCAGAUCGACCCGUCAGGACUCUACAUCGCCACUUCCUGCUCGGACAAAAACAUCUGCAUAUACGACUUCUUUUCCGGGGAAUGCGUGGCCACCAUGUUCGGACACUCAGAGAUCGUGACGGGGCUGAAGUUCAGCAGUGACUGCAGACACCUCAUCACCGUGUCAGGAGACAGCUGCAUUUUCGUGUGGCGCCUGAGUCCGGAGAUCACCAUCAGGAUGAAGCAGCGGCUCGCCGAGCUCCGCCCCCCCAGCACCACGCCCAACUCCCAGAAUGCACCUCAGCAGAGAGCCACAAAGCUGAGGAAAGAGACGCCCGCUCCUUGUGUGGUCACCAUGUCAUCCGACUCUGACGUAGAGGAGGAGGAGGAGGAGGAGGUGGGCGAGGGGGAGCUGGACUGCUCUUACGUGGUCAACACAGGAAACCUGGUGGAGACAGGAGCUUACAGCGAGGCUUCCAGCAGAGACAGCAGGAAGGAGGCCUCAGAUGGUCGGCUCCCUCGCCGCCGCUGGUCAAGGAGGACGGCCAGUGCCGACAGUGCUCUUAUGGUGAAGUCCAUGCUGGAUCUGAGACUGCUGGACUCGUACUGCCCCGGCAGCAGGGAGGAGCAGGAGCAGGUUAAGGCCCACCCUCCAGCGGACCAUGUCUUUGGCCUUAGAAGAAAGAGUCAGGGAGUGGGCUCAAAGUGCCAUAGGACCCAUGAGGAGCUCCAGAGGACCAUCAGCCUACAAGUCACCUCUCCAUGGGUGGACGAAGAGACAAGGGCCAGUCAGAGACCAGACUUCAUCUUGCUGUCCAAUCAGAGCCAAAGCGGAGAGGAUCCAGUGCUGUUUCCUGAAAAAUGGGACGACAGAGUGAGCCUGGCAGGCAGCGAGUUUCAGGUGAAGGAGGCAUCUCACGGGGCUUCGGGAGGACGACCAGACAAGCCCAGCCCAGACAGCGGAUGCUCUCUGGGAUUCAACUCCACCAUGUCCAGUCCAGACCGACCCGCUGCAGACGAUACAGAACCUCUCAGCGUGGACGGGAACUCCUCCGACCUGGAGAUCGAAGACGAGGAAGACAGGGGAGGACGACGGUGUGGAGAAGCGGGGGCGUCUCGGCGUGUCCCUCAGACUCCGGACCAAGAGGCUUUCCUGAAGGAGAACUUUGUCACACUAGCCGAUCCAUCUGCUUCAAGAAGUUCUAGCAGAGCUUCUCACAGCUCCAGCGAAAGCCUCAGCAUCUCCUCCAGGUUCCUGUCUCAGACCUCGGCUGGAUGCCGGACCACACUACCCCUGUCCAUCUGGACCACGGGGGGAGGUGGAGGGGAGGCGAAGGCCAGGCCUCUGGUCUCUGAAGUCCGGCCCCUGGUCGAGGGCAACCGGAGCCGACCGCAGUCCAGGAGGGUGUCGUGGAACCAGGACCAGACUUCCUCCCUCCAUGAGUUUCCACCGAAUCCUCCUCAGAUUCAGGUCCAGCCGCAGGAGGCCCUCCCUGCCCAGCCGGGCCCCAGGCCCUCCCCAUUCAAGAAGAAAGCCCAGACUGCAGUGGAGCCCAGGACUCAUGUGGGUCCUGGACUUCACAAAGCUCAUUCGGUCCACAGCCUGAUGGCCGACACAGGUGACUCCUCCGACCUCCUGCAGAUCUCCCGUCCGUCAAGAGAGGUCCCCCCUCAGCGUCCCACCACCCUUCCCUCCUCUCCCAGACGCCCCCCUUCCACAUUACUGCCCUCCCAGAGACCCAACCCCGUCUCCCCCCGCUCCCCCCAGCAGGAGGCCCCUAAUGGUGCAGCGAAGAAGUCCCUGCAGUCCUCCUCGGUGGCUCCGUCGGGGCCGCGCUCCUACAUGAGCCCCACCGCCAGCUCCAUGGCCAAGAUGUCCCGCUCCGUCUCCAUGGGCGACGGCCUCAACGUCCCCGAAGCCGGCGAGGACCCGGGGGACGGCUCCCCCCCGCCCAGGGACGCCGCGCCUCCUCCCGUCGCCGUGGUCUACUCCACCCCCCCCCACGCCGCCGUGGCGCCCGUGGUGGUUUCGUCCCCCUCUUCCGCGCUGUCCGGGGGAAACCACGGCAACCGGUCGGCUCCCCCCUCUCGCGGUCUUCAGACCCGGGUCCCCGGCGGCAGCAGCGGGCCACUUCCCGACAAGCCUUCCUUGGACUGCCUCACGCCGGCCUCCAAAUCUGCCGCCUCAGCAUUCCAGGCCCCUCCCGCCUCCGCCCCCCCGCCCCAGGAGGAGGAGGAGGAGCCUCAGGUGUCCGCAGAGCGCUCAGUCAGUGCAGAUCAGCCCGUCAGUCUGGAGACCUGUAGGGCUUUGGCCAAUGAGCUGCAGAGCUGCUUCAGGAGGGCAACACACCUGUACAGGAAGGUGAGCAGUUCCUCCAUGGAAGACACUGCCCCCAACCAGUGUCAGAUGUCUCUCCUCCUAUCAGAAGCCUUCCAGGCCAUGAGGACCGAGCUGGACUCUCUUCCGCUCGGGGCGCCGAGCGCGUUGGCCGUGGAGGGGGGUCUGAGAGGAGUGGGCGAGGAGAAGACGGUGGCCCUGCUGGAGGAAUACUCCAUGCUCCUCCUGCAGGCCGUCCACCGGAGGGUCAACAACUCGUAGCGGGGGAUACAGGGGAACUCACUCCAUUUUUGCUCAUACACAUCGGCACCACUCCACUACAGCAUCGAUCAAACUUUUGACACCCGACUUUAGUUUUUGUUUCUCCAUUCAUCAACAUUUUUAGUUGUCUUCAUCUGUUACCGAACAAUCAUUUUUUAGCUGGACCACCUCUCUACAGCCCUUUUUGUCUUGUUGACCUUACCGUCUGAGCCAUAUUCAUCCAUUCCCAGCUCUGCUUAUUGCACCAAUGAGCACACGGGGCCAAAUGUGGAAGGCAGGAUCUGUCCUGAGGCCACUUGCAUCAAGUCCCCGAAUCUGAUUGGCGAAUACCCGCUCCACACACCUGUGCUGCUGUCAGAAUAAAACACAGGAGGGUUUUGAGGCAUGUUUUUCUGGCUGAAUCGUGGCUGUUCUGACUGAUUUCUCAGUGGAUUGGACAGCCAGGACCAGAUGCAUGAAGGUGGUGUUCAAACAAAAGUCAUGUGUGAUGUGACAUUUACGCUGAACUUACACAGCGAAAUCUUUCGUUUUCAUUACUUUUUGUUCUGUCCACAACCUAUAAAUAAGAGACCAAAUCAAAUGAAUUUAUUCUGAACUCUUCACUGAAGAGAGGGGAUGACUCAGCUUAGCUUUAGUGACGAACAGAAUAGAAAUGGCUCUCACUCACAGUUAUGCUCAUAAAUCUACACACCCCUGCAGAUAUAUGAAUCAUAACACAAAAAACUCAAGGUUUGUGGUUGGAUGAAGCCAGUUAUUGGUGAAUAACUGUGUUUUCUAUUCAUAAUUCACAAUGACAACAAAGAACAUCCAAAAGUUUGAUCAAAAGUUUACAUACCCCAGUUCUUAAUACUGUGUAUUGCCCCUUCUAACAUCAAUGAAAGAUUGAAGUCUUUUGUGGUAGUUCUGGAUGGGGCUCCUUAUUUUGUCAGAUGGUAAAACUGCCCAUUCUUCUUGGCAAAAAGCCUCCAGUUCCUGUUAAUUCCUGGGCUUGUGGCCAAAAUUUUUGUUGGUCUACCUGAGCCUGGUUUAGUUUUUUAACAGAGUCCCUGAUUUUCCAUUUGCUUGUCUCCAUUAGUUUGAACAGUGCUGACAGGCUGUAUCAAUUCCUUGGAUAUCUUUUUGUAUCCCUUUCCUGCUUUAUAAAGUUCAACUAACCAUUACAGAGGAUCCAGAAACGUCUGUUAGUGGAUGAAAGAUGCAAGAGUCUGUCUGGAUACUAGAAAGUCAGUUUUUAUGCAAACAGAUCACAGGUGAGGAUGGUUUAGUAGCCAUUCAAACCCAUUUGUGUCAACUUUUGACCAUGUUAUCAGGCCAAAAUCUCCAGGGUAUGUAAACAUGUGAUCAAACUUUUUGAUGUUUUGCGUUGUCAUUGUAGAAAACACAGGUGUUCAUCAAUAAAUGGCUUCAUCCAACCACUAACCAUGAGUGGAAAAAAAGUGUUUGUGUUCUGAUUCAUAUUCUCUGAAAAAAGGCCUAAGGGGUAUGUAAACUUAUGAGCACAACUGUAAGGGUUUCCAGUCACAGUGACAGAUUAUUAAAUGAGCUCUAUUCAAACAUGGCUUUUAUAAAUCUGAUGAACGUGUUUACGUUCUAAACAUCUUCUGUGAUGAGUCACCACGACAAUGAAAACCAGGAGCACAUGUGGGAGCAGGUGGAAAGGCCUCCUAAAACUAGCGCCAAGAAUUAAACCCCGCAUUUCAGACAAGCUGAAGAGAAAACAUUGAGAGCGACAGGCAUGACGGAAAGUGGACAGAAGGAAUUUAAACCUAGUCUUCCUCCAAUCGUCAUCUGUGACGCACAGAUCAGUUCAGUUGUUUACGGGCUGCGAACGCAACACUCCAGUGCUUCAUUCAUGGCACGCUUUCCAAGUUUGUCAUCGGCGAGAAGAAAGAAUGUCUUAUUUGUUCUAUGCAAAUUUCGAAUACACAUGCGGCUCAUCUAUCCAUCCUCUAGGAAACAUCUGGUCCUCAUCACCUUGAACAAUAAUAACAAACCCAUUAUUCAGUCACCUUGUGAUCUUCUAGACUUUGAAGUGAUCUUUGAUCAAGUCAUCACGGGAACCUGAAGAUGAGCUACAAGGGUUAGGCAAAUACAAACCCUGGUUCAGCAGGGAACAACAAAAAAGUCCACUGAACAUCAGAAAGAAGGCUUUCAUGGAGAGAGAUGAGGAGUUAUCGAGGACUGUUUAGAAACAAAUGCAAAAGUAGACGGGAUUCAGAUCCACUCUGCAUGCUCCUCUGUAAUUUGCAGAUGUAAAGACCUUUCUUAGGUCACCCCCAAGCCCAGUCUUGAGCACAAGCUUCACCAGCAUCCACAGGACCACCUCUGCCCCCAAAACUUCUUUAACUCCAGCCGUCGGAUGAAGAAGUAGCUGGAAAAGUCUUAAUCACAACAGAGCAGAGCAGUUUUUGUGGGAUUCUACGGCACCUCCUCGGCCAAAGACUGAGUCAGAAGAAAGUUCCAGAGCUUUCUAGAGCAUUCUGUCUGGUUCCUUUACCUUAACCUUUGAUCUAUCUGCUCCCAGCUCUAAAAUCCCAAACCAGGAAAGCCCUGCAGAGACCGUUUCGGGUUCACCUACAGCGCAGACCAGUGGAGCAGCAUGAGGAUCAUGUUCUGUGGUUUCUGUAGUUCUUGUGAUUGUGGAAUUUAAGAGGAUAGGGAACAAGUCAAACACAAAUACCUGGGCGAUUACCUAGCGAGCGGCCUGGACUGGGCUCUUACUAGGGUAGAAUGUAUUUGCCGUGGAAGCUUAGGUCCUACAGUCUGUGUCAAGAUGGUUCAGAUUUUGCUUUUAGUCUCUAGUGGAGAGGACAAUCUACAUUGCGGCUAAUCGGUGUUGGUUCAGCAUCAGAGUCUGAGACUCAAAGGAAGAACAAACUGAUGCGUACUGUGAAAUAUUGUUAGAAUAAUUAAUUGUUCAGCCAGAUGCUUCUUGCUGCUAUGAGCAUUACAGGAAGUCACCCCUGUCAACAGCAAUAACCUACACAAGGACUUUUAUCCAUUGAUUUUUAUGCUGCAAAAUCAUUUACAAUUUUAGGAUUAAUGAAGUAUUAUUCACUUAAAUGUAUUUGAGUGAACUUCUAGAGAGUUUUGUGCAUCUGAUUUCUGGACUUUCAUUGGUCUGAAUCUUUUUUUGACUAUAUAUUGUAGCUGACUUUAGUGAGGUGAAAAUGGCCGAAUGAAACUUUAUAAAUAAAUCCACUUGACUUUCAUUCCUUUAUUUGAUGUAAACUUUCUUCUACUUGAAGCUAAAAUGUUCAGCAUGACUUUUGUUUCUACUGAUUUCAGAAGUGCACCGUUUGUAUUUAUUGUGUCGAUAUGCUGUUACACUACUGACCAGGAACUACACCCACAACUGACUCAAGUUUGUAGAGUCACGAAUCUUAUUAUGACUUUUGAUAUUCUUUGAGAGGAUUUGCUGGGUUGAAAGUGUGAUCACAAAUGUCCCAGUUCUGUUUGGGAUAUGGUGUUUUUGUCACAUUUAUUAAAGGUUUCAGAAUUGCUGAUAUUUCGCUGUUACUGAACGUGUCUUCCCUGUUCUGCUAAAACCCUGGAUCUGUGCCGC